CCUCUUCCGUCUUGUGUCCCUCUGCUGCUCCGUCUCUGCUCCGUCAGCGCGGCUCAGUCAGUCAGGCGCAGUUUGGCAGGUUAGCACGGAGGGACGGGCUGCUACCCCUUCUUUUACCUCAGCUCGGUCUGCUCCGCUCAACACUGCACAUUUCGCACCAUGGCUGCCACGGACGUGGACGUGUUUUCGAAUGAAGAGAAGCGUAACCUGAGUUUGGGUGGCCAUGUUGGAUUCGACAGCCUCCCUGACCAACUGGUCAGUAAAUCGGUCACUCAGGGAUUUUGUUUUAACAUCCUCUGUGUAGGGGAGACCGGUAUUGGCAAGUCGACGUUAAUGAACACACUUUUCAACACCAUGUUUGAAAACGAAGAGGCCAGCCAUUACCAGAACGGCGUGUAUCUGCGGCCACGGACCUACGACUUGCUAGAAAGCAACGUCCACCUCAAACUGACGAUCGUCGACACCGUCGGCUUUGGCGAUCAGAUCAACAAAGAGGACAGUUACAAGCCCAUCGUCGACUACAUCGACACUCAGUUUGAAAACUAUCUCCAGGAAGAGCUGAAGAUCAAGCGCUCGCUGUUCAACUACCACGACACCAGGAUUCACAUCUGCCUUUAUUUCAUCGCUCCAACGGGACACUCCCUCAAGUCCCUGGACCUUGUCACCAUGAAGAAACUGGACAGCAAGGUCAACAUCAUUCCCAUCAUCGCCAAAGCGGACACAAUCUCCAAGAGCGAGCUCCAUAAAUUCAAAAUAAAGAUCAUGAGCGAGCUGGUGAGCAACGGCGUGCAGAUCUAUCAGUUCCCGACCGACGACGAAGCGGUCAGCGAGAUCAACUCCUCCAUGAAUGCCCAUCUGCCGUUUGCUGUGGUGGGGAGCGUGGAAGAGGUCAAAGUGGGGAACAAAACCGUGAGGGCCAGGCAGUAUCCCUGGGGCGUUGUGCAAGUUGAGAAUGAGAGCCACUGCGACUUUGUGAAGCUCAGGGAAAUGUUGAUCAGGGUCAACAUGGAGGAUCUGAGGGAGCAGACCCACGCCCGCCACUACGAGCUGUACCGACGCUGCAAGCUGGAGGAGAUGGGCUUCAAAGACACAGAUCCUGACAGUCAGCCGUUCAGUCUUCAAGAGACGUAUGAGGCCAAGCGGAAAGAGUUCCUGGGGGACCUGCAGCGUAAGGAGGAGGAAAUGCGACAAAUGUUUGUCAAUAAAGUCAAAGAGACAGAAGCGGAGCUGAAGGAGAAGGAGAGAGAGCUGCAUGACAAGUUUGAGCAGCUGAAGCGAAUGCAUCAGGAGGAGAAGAGGAAGGUGGAGGAGAAGCGGAGGGACCUGGAGGAGGAGAUGAACGCCUUCAACAGGAAGAAGGUGGCAGCUGAGACGCUGUCUUUAUCUCAGCCCCUCAAAAAGGACAAGGACAAGAAAAAUUAAUUUAUGGGUGCUGUUUGCCCCUCCCACACACGACCAUGGAUUUGUCUUCCAUCACCAUAGCAACGACAACACCUUUUUUUUGUGUUUGUUUUACUUGUUUUUUUUUGUUGUUUUUUUUCUUGACAUUCCAUCUCACAUUGUGCACAUGGACCAAAGACACUGAGGAUGAUGAUGAUCACGAUGAUGAAGCCACAGGGGGAGAAAAGAAUGAAAGAUGGUGAGAGAGAUAAAUAUGUUCAGUCAGGACCUUUUUAUUCUGUUUGUUUUGGACACUUUUAUAUUGACAUAAAUAUGCAAUUUGUUUGAACGUCGUGAUUCCGAGAUGAUUUGUUUCCGACUAUUGACACAGAAACGAGAGGUUAGAACCACAGCGUGACGCACCACAGUCAAAUAUUUGAAACAGUUCAGUGUAUAUUUAAAGAAAACAUUUUUUUUAAAUAACUCGAUGUGUCGUGCAGGUGUGUCUGUUUACCUUUUUGUUUAUGACUUCAAAUAACAGUAGAAUAAAUCCCUAUAUGAAAAGAGUCCAGAUAAUACAUAUAAAUAACAAUAAAACUGAGUACCUGUAUACUGUAUAUAUUAUUGCAUAUACGUAGGUACUGACAACCCCAGUCUUAAAUAAAUAGAAACUUAUGCAAUAUUCUGGUGCUGUUUCCUAUUAACUCAGUAAAUGUAUGUGAAUAUUUCCUCGAGCUUUACGCGGCUUAAUAUGCAAAAUGUACUAAUUUUGUCUAACGGUGAUAUUUGUAAGAAGCACACGUGACGUUGUCAGUGAUGUCAUUCUGUUGUAAACAUUGAGCGAUCACCUUGACGUGAGCGUUGUUACAGUGGACACACACGGACACAUGAAGCCAGUAUAUACAUGUAUAUGUACACACACACACACACACACACACACACACACACACACACACACACAGACACACACAGAUCCAGGAAAACAUACAAGCCUCACACUCGUACGGCGCAGACGAGAGCAGCUCUAUUUACUGUCUGUUGUUGGAAAUAAAUGCAGCCACCCACUACCA